UCUAGAAAAGCAGUUGAACAUAUCGAUAUUCUCAUGUGUGUGACCCACCAAAAGGAAGUUGAGCUUGAUUUUUUCGAAAACCUUCAUGUGGACCAAGUACACCAGGUAGAGCGUCAAGAAGCAGCAGUAGCGGAGACGGGCCAGAGCGCGAAGAGGGAGGUCCGAGGGAGGCGGCUCGGAGAGCCAAGAAACUGUAGCCCGGAAGGGGGUAGGGCGCCCAGCAGAGAAAACGUAGCCUACCGAACGCCGACGAGGGAGGAGCAGGUGGCAGGAAAGAGAAAGGAAUCCAUGGCCGUCAGAGGGAUGAGAGGACUGAUGGACACCCAAGUGGACGAGGGGGGUGCUCUCGAUCUCUCCCACUCGCUCAACGCAAUGGCCACCAGCCUCGGAGGGGAGGAAGACAUCGAAGAGGACGAGGAGGAAGAGGAAGAGGAAGAGGAGGAAGAAGAGGACGAUGGCUAUGAGCUAGGAGAAGAGGAAGAGGAUGAACAAGACCAGGCGCCGAACAAGGAGAACCAGCCAACGCAGAACUUGCCCGCAAUGUCGAGAGUCAACUACAAUCUCGCCUACCAGUACCUAGAGCAAACGUACACAUCAGCACAAACGCUUUUCGAGAUGAAGCCUGACUUUGAUCUCCUCGGGUCUAAGUGGGCUUUGCAUCCUACGUAGCAAGGGUUGUUCUUCUACCGUUAUCUGACGCGGGCAUGCAAGUACGAACCUGUCGGACUUUGCAUCUGGGUCGCGAAAACCACAAGAGUCGAAGGCGGACGUACAGGAGAUCCACGUAACGAAUUUAUGGACGGAGAGAAAGAAGUUGAUUGCAAGGUACAUCCUACAGAAGAAAGACUAUGUAUGGGAUGCUUUCCACGACCCGCAAGGCAUACUACAUCACAAGCUUCGAACAGCCCCUUACGAGGUAGGUCUCGUAACAGACGUCCAAGAACAAACCAGACGUUGAUUG